AUGAUAGUGGGCAUAGGAGGCGGAGACGGGAGACAUUCUGGAAAAUUCCAAGCCGGCGGCCGGAGACGCACAGCGCAGCGCGCUCCUCCACGCCGCCGCGCAGGCUCUGCAUCUUCUCGCUCAGCCCCCGGCCCCGCGCGGCCCUGCCUCGGGGGUCCCGCAGCUCGCCGGGGCUCCUGCCCGCCCUCACCCGCCCGCCCUCCGUGGCUCCCCGGCCGGGGUCCCCCUCCCCCGCCACACACGCUCACACGCGCGCGCGAGCACACACACACACACACACACACACACACACAUGACACACCAGCGAGCUGCUGGCCGCUCAAUGGACCGAUUUCCCUGGUUUCCCUGAUCCCAGCCCAGCCCGGGAUGAGAAAUUGCAAAAUGGCCCGGGUCGCCAGUGUGCUGGGGCUGGUCAUGCUCAGCGUCGCCUUGCUGAUUCUAUCGCUCAUCAGCUACGUGUCCCUGAAAAAGGAGAACAUCUUCACCACUCCCAAGUACGCCAGUCCGGGGGCGCCCCGAAUGUACAUGUUCCACGCGGGAUUCCGGUCACAGUUUGCGCUGAAGUUCCUAGACCCGUCAUUUGUGCCCAUUACGAAUUCUCUGACCCAGGAACUCCAAGAGAAACCUUCUAAGUGGACAUUUAAUCGGACAGCGUUUUUACAUCAAAGGCAAGAAAUUCUUCAGCAUGUCGAUGUAAUAAAAAAUUUUUCUUUGACCAAGAAUAGUGUUCGGAUUGGACAACUGAUGCACUAUGAUUAUUCCAGCCAUAAAUAUGUUUUCUCUAUUAGCAAUAACUUCCGAUCACUGCUUCCAGAUGUCUCACCCAUUGUGAAUAAGCAUUAUAAUAUUUGCGCUGUGGUUGGAAAUAGUGGGAUCCUGACAGGGAGCCAGUGUGGACAAGAAAUAGAUAAAUCAGAUUUUGUGUUCCGUUGCAAUUUCGCCCCUACGGAGGCUUUCCAAAGAGAUGUUGGAAGGAAAACCAACCUUACCACCUUCAACCCCAGCAUCCUGGAAAAAUAUUACAACAAUCUUUUGACCAUUCAGGACCGUAACAACUUUUUUCUCAGUUUAAAAAAGCUUGAUGGGGCCAUCCUUUGGAUCCCUGCAUUUUUCUUCCACACUUCAGCAACUGUCACCAGAACAUUAGUUGACUUUUUUGUUGAACACAGAGGCCAGUUAAAGGUCCAGUUGGCUUGGCCUGGAAAUAUAAUGCAACAUGUCAACAGGUACUGGAAAAACAAACAUUUGUCACCCAAACGGCUGAGCACAGGUAUUCUUAUGUACACCCUUGCAUCAGCAAUAUGUGAAGAGAUCCACUUGUAUGGAUUUUGGCCUUUUGGAUUUGACCCCAACACAAGGGAAGAUCUUCCGUACCAUUACUAUGACAAAAAAGGAACCAAAUUUACCACCAAGUGGCAGGAGUCCCACCAGUUGCCAGCUGAGUUCCAGCUGCUGUACCGAAUGCAUGGGGAAGGGCUCACCAAGCUGGCUCUGUCACACUGUGCCUGAGAACUCUGGACGGAAAGUGCCAAAUGGCUGCUUUAAAAGUGCCCCAGGUCAAAGUGAAUAAUCUUCAGAUUAGAACCCUAGAGAAUGUGUUUUAAGGAUUGUCUGACAUUUGAAAGGAAAAAUGUCUUCUCUCCCUCUUUUGCACUGCUCUUUUAAGGGUCUUAGCGGAUUUAGAAGGACAGAUAUAUUGAAGCUACGUGAUUGAACUUGACUGAUAAAGAGAAUGUUGCAUUUGGAACUUUGCUGCUAACAAAAUGGUUUGAAGUAUUUUCAUGUUUGUAUUUUAAUAAUAAAAUGCCUCCUGGUUUUAUGAGGAGUAGAGCUAUAGUUUCUACAGCUCUGCUUAGAUAGACAUAGUCCUCAUAAUUAGAGGCCUCUGGGCAGUUGGGGGGCGGGGGCAGGAUCACAGUUUUGCUGGUGGGAUCAGACUCUUCAGAAUGGAAACAUGAGACUGGUUUACAUAUCCCACUUUUCUCUCUUUCUCAUCUAUCUAUUUCUAUUCUGUCUCUAUCAUCUCCCUUGCUCUCCUGCAACCACUGUUCUGGCCCCACCACCAUGGAGUCUAAUAGUUUACGAGGAAUCCUAUUGAAUUAGCUUUGCUUGUAUGUGUCGCAUCUGUACCUGAUGUGUUCAAGGCUCUGGUUAAAUUUGAUGUUUAAUGACAAGUGAAGCAAGUCAUGAUGGAUCCCCUCAUGAUCACUUUUAUAAGAAAUGCUUCUUACAAAGUCCUCAGCAGUUGAUAUGGUCAUUCUACAGCAGGGUGGUCCCUCCGGGAUGAGUGGCAUAUACUGCCUUGCAUAUUUCACUAUCACAAAGAAAGCCUCUGUCCUGGGUGGCCUUGCAUCUGUUGACAUGAGUGCUAUUAAGGCAAAUAAUAGCACUGUUGCCACAUCUAUGAGGUCAUUCAAGCCUAGGUUUAGUGCCUCCUACAAUCCCAAUCCAAGUAGUAGGCUGGGCAUUCUCAGAAUAUAGAGGCAAUGAGUCAGCUUAAGAGCCUGGAACACAUAAAGGGAAAGAAAAAAGAAUGCUUAGAGAUUGCUGUGAAAUUCUGUAUGCUCUAAAGUGUUGACACCCCCUUUGAGUCUUUAAGAACCAGCAGGGUUAGAGUGAAGGAGAAGCUUUGUGGUCGGUCAGUCAGGCCCCACAUGAAAAAGUACAGAGCUGAGGUCCUUUUCAGUAUGGUACCUCCUACCACCAAGUCAGAAUUGUUUGUUCUCUUCAGGACAGUUAUAGACUCUUCCCAUUGAAAUCAGAUCUGUAUGCCCACAAAUUAAGCAUCCCAAAAAGAAAAGCCAUUAUGUGAAAGACAAAGCCAUUGCACAGUAACAAGAUUUGGUAUUAAAUAACCCUGAGAAUUGAGAUUAUGUAGACAUAUCAUGAAGGAACUCGUUGGCCAUUCUAUUUUUUCAUUAUUUCAGACUUAGAAGCAGAAAUCACACCAUCCCCAACCCUGGCUUUUUUUUUAAGUGAGCAGAACUUUGUUCUUCCAAUUCAGCCUGAAGUCUGGCCAAGUUGAUAUUAAAUUUUAAUAAGUUUCUUUCUUCUUUCCAAAUGCCAGUCAAGCACAUUGUUAUACAUUUGAGUUGGGUAGUUUGUACUCUUCCAGAAAUUUCAUCUAUUGUAGAUUACUUGCAAAAAACAGCUAUUGUUAAAAAUAAUUUACUGUAAUUCAGUUUACUGCCCCUCUUUGGGAAGGUACAAUCAUGCCCAAAAUUAAAUCAAAUACAACAGGAAAAAAAUAGUCUUUAUGCUCAUGUUCUUACUGGCACUAAGGCUGUCUUCAAAAAGCUAAUUGGAGGGACUUACAUAGAUCCAGGUAUUAAUUAGUAAAAGAACCGCUCAAGUUUGAACUGCUCAAGUUCAAACACGUUACCAAUUGUGACACAUCUUACAACGCUGUACAUAAUGAUGAUCAUGCAAAUAAAUGGGAAGAAUGAAAUAUAGGCAUUUCGAAAUGGUAAACACUAAAACAGCACGAUACUUGAAAUGAGUAGAAUGAGAGUUUAUUAAAAACUUCUUAACUUAGUGAUAUAAUUUAAUGAACAUCAACACCACACCAUGUUUAUUCUCUGUCACUUUAAAGAGUACAGUAUUCUCAUUCUCAUGCCCUGCACUAUUAGGAUUACUUCGAGAUUGAUAACUGACAGAAGUGUUGAGUUGGCUGAUCCUGAGCUCUUAGUUCAUUAGGUUACAGCUAAGUGAAAUUAAUGCCAAUAUUCCAUGAGCCAGAUUCUGACUCUGGAGUUUUAAUCCCAAUGUGCCCAUUAGUUUUCACUAAAUAUAAAUGCAUGGGCAGGUUAAAAGACUAAAAAAUCAGAUUCCCUAAAAUUGUUUAAUUGUUCCAUCAUGGACUAUUUAAAUUUGAUCUCAUCAUAAGCCAAGGGUUUUUUGUUUGGUUGGUUGUUUGAUCGAUUGGUUGGUUUAAAUUCAGGGAGAAUUUUCAAACUUAACUACACUCUUGGCUCCUAAUCUUAGAGCGCGAGGACUUUUCCAGUCCCCACCAUCAUUUUGUCUAUUACUCAUGAGAAGUCAAAAUAAUGAGGAAAGGAUUUGUCUCCAGAACUGGAGACGUUUAGAGAGCAAGCUCAUUUCUACUUCUAGGCAGUAUUUUCUAGAAAUGACCCCAAAAGACCAGGUUUCCCUUUGAAAAGCAUCCUCUAUCUGAUCAUACAAAAUUUUAUUUUAUUUUAAAAGACUAUUUCAAAAGUUGAACGUCUAUAACCACUUUCAUGACCUAAAGAACUGGUUGGUCACAAGUGUCCUGAUUAGAAAGGCCAUGGUAGAAGUCACCAGAAGUUGCUGAUUCUGCUCUGGCUCCCAGGCUUGUGUGCUCAAGUGCAGUGAACUGGACAUAUGGGACUAUGGGAUCCUCCUUCCUGACUCAGCUGCAGAUGCAGGCCCCUGACUUCUGAAUUGGCCUGACUUUGUUGGCUCUUAACUUAGUAUCCUUUAUCACGACCUUUCCCUUUUUUAUGAUUCUCACAGUGGAGUCCACUUUCAGCUAUUGAAUAAAUUCACCAGAAAGCCCUCAAGGCUAUCUACACAUGACAUCAACACAAAUGACCAAUUAAAUCGCAGGGGUGGGGAAAACCCACAUACAUUUGACAACCUGCUUAGUACUAGACCCUCUGUUUCCUUGAUUGUUCUAGUGUCACGUGGACACAUGUAGAUCCCAGAGGAGAUGUGUUGAAGGUGGCUUAUCAAGAAUGUCUCCCACACCCAAAAAUAUCUUUCCCAUAUUUGAGAUUAAAAUGCCUGGGUUUCUCUACCUUUGUCUCUGUGUUUUAAGUGACCUUGAUUAUUGUGAAAGUGCUUACAUUUAGCAGCAUGGUGUGCCUAGCAGUGCUGACUGUAACCACUAUGCCAUCUAUCUGUGACCUCAAUGUCAGGCACCUGACCAUGGGGCUACCAGCCCAGAUGUGCAAAGGAAGAGAUCCCAAGCCUUUUUGUGCUUGGGCCACCAGUUUUCCAUGAAUGUGAGUGUUGAGACAGAAUAAUAUGGUGGGGAGGCUGAGGAAUGAAAAAAAAAAAGAAAGAAAGAAAAGAAAAUGCUCUUCUGACUUUGUGAAGGACACUCAGACAACAAGCAGUGUUGAUCGAAGUCAAAGGAAACAGGGACACCAUAGUAGAAUACUAGAACACUGCAAAUGGAAGAGCCUUUGAGCUUCUCCAGUCUUAUUUCUUGACUUUACAAAAGAGAAAAAUGGAGAAACAGAGAGGCUAAGGGAUUUGCCCAAGAUUACACAGGAAAUUAGUGGAAAUACUGUGACUCUUCACCUAGGACUUUUUGGCCUUAUUAGCAUCAAAUAAAGACAGGUUCAAAGGAAAAGUGAUUUUGGUCGAGAAUCUGCAGGGCAUGUAAAAAGAGUUGGGAAAGCUACAAAGAUAGAAAAGAAAUUCUCAAAUCCCCUGCAAGUCCCCCCACCCUCAAAAAUUAUUUCUUAGCACAAAGGAAUAAAGGAGAUGCUUGUCUACAUAUACAACAGUCCACUGAACUAAAAGAAAACCCUCUUGGUAAAUCACAAUUUGCUUAAUCACAAUUCAGUUACUGAUGCUUCAUAGUUAACAGGUGAAUUUUAUCCAAUAAGCUAGUCAUCUUAAAAAAGCUUGUUUCUGUAAUAUGUAUGUAUCAUUUAGAAGUUGAAAAUGGUUAUAUACUUUUCCGUGUGUAUAAAUUUCAGUAUAGUUCCCUUGAGUUAAGUAAUGCUUUCCUUAUAACUUCAAUAGCAGACUGAAUUAAUGCUUUUAGUUAAAUAUGCUGAGAUGGUAUACAAAGAAUCAUGAAUAACUUUAGUGGAUCUUUAUGUGCAAAAUGACAGGCUGGGUGAUUUUCUCUACAAUUCUGUAUCCUUUACUCUUUUCUUCCCAUAAUUAUUUGAAUGUACCAGACAAAGUUUCUGCAUAGGCUCUACUUUUCUCUGGAUGCGUAGAACUAUCCUUUCAUUUACAGAGAGACUUGGGGCUGUGUGUAUGUGGCUGAAGAGCCUAGAUGGAGAGCCAUGAAUGCUGAGGAUUUAGGGCACCUUGGUGUGCUGAUUAACCUGUCUACACUCUGUGGCCCAAUUAAUCAAGGCCACAGAUGAGUUAAUAUCAAGGACCAAAAUGACUUAAUUAUGCUUCUUUCAUGUUCUGAUUGCUUUGUCACAUAGAUAGGACAUUUGAAGUGAGAAUCAUUUUCGAAUGUCAUUAUUGUAUUAUGCAAUAUUUCUGAAUAUUUAUUUUCUUGUGUAUGAUAACUUAUAAUUGAAGACACACGUGUUUAAACAGAUUGUUUUUAUCCUCAAUAAUGCUCACUCUAUUGUCACUGAAUAACUGACUCCAAUUUAAGAUUACAGUGGGGCUCUGAGGUUAGGACCUGGAUUAUGUUACUGAUCCACCAGCAAACAAAACUGUAUGAAAGGAGGAACGCUUCAAAAUACAGUUUUUGCUCCUCUCUCCAGACCUUUGACUCUCAACACCUUGGGAUAAGUCCACUUACAAAGAUUCCCAAGUGAUUCUGAUGUGACCAGCAUCUGAAAACCAACAAUAGAUAGCAGAGUCAUAUAAACCAUUUUGACCAAAGUAGCUGAAUGCUUGUCACUCCUCAUGCAAUUACUAUCAGAUAUUCCUUGGAGUUACCAUGAUACAUGGCAAUAUGGACAUGUCUUAGUGACUCAACCAUUCAAUUGUUUUAGCCAAAUUGACCAGUUGCCAAUUAGUAAGCAAAUAGUAACUGGUCGAUUUAGUCAGAAUGGAUGCAAGCCUGAAGACAAAGCAGGGCAUGUACUUUUUAUAUAAUUCAUCCCCAAGGUCAGCUCUUUAUAGUUCACUCUUUGUAUUUCAAACUAAGAGGCAGAUCUCAGGUUGCUUAUCUUUAUAAAUGCAUAGACUAAAAAACAGGAAAGUUGAAUGAUUCAUUCAGAUUCAACUUGGAAGUCACUCCUGCAGCCUAAAAUAUUCCUGAAGGAGUCUGAUGUCUCGAUUUCCAGAAAAAUGCCAAAAUACAAAGAUCUUCAGACUAAAAUAAAACUAAUCAAAAAAGGAAAAUCAAGGGCCUAAAAUUCUAUCGCCAAUUCAAUUUAAGUGAGGCAGUGAGUUCUUACUAUCUACCUUAUACCAGACCCUGUUGUAAAAAGUGCCACCAUUCAAAUGAAGUUUUGGUCAGGCUUUUUUCUGUAACUGUGCACAUGCAAAGCCUUUAAUACUAAAGGGCUUCGUUGUUUUCCCUUCUGUGUGAUUCAGAGACAGUUUUAGCUCUUUGAUGUGCUGCUACAUGUUUAAUAACUGGCUCUGUAGAACAGUGGAACCUCGAUUUGUAGCACUUACCGAUUUCCAUGGUGUAAAUAAUCUCAUCAUAGCCAAUUUCAAGCUACUAACUUAAUGUCAACCAGCUGAAAAUGUAACACACAUUUUCAAGAGCCAGUAUGAGUUGGCUCCAACACAUGAGCCAUUCCAGCACAGCACUGCCCGAACUAGUCUGAAUCAGUGAGUACCAGGCAGAAUAGGCUAGCUUUGAAGGGACUCCCACAUGUCCCCUCCCUUUUGAGGGGCAUUUCCACUUUGGUCAGUUUUACUAUUUUUUAGCUGAAAAAAAGCUGGACUUUAUUUGCCCUCAGAAAAUUUCAUAAUGGUGAAGAAACACCACAGAACGGGAACACCUCUGGGCAACUUGGGUGGCUGACCAGGCAAACUGCAGAGCAAAGUGUCAUGUGAUGUGUUGUCCUAAGCUAAGCUAAUUGUUAUGCUGGACCAUGACAAAAACAAAAAUCUACUAACACACAUUUGGCCACUGCAAUCCUCUGGCACUAAACAGUAGAGCAAUUGGCCUUCCUUGUCAUUAAAUGUAAGAGUUCUUUCUUCUGAGUAUUAAAAAUCAGUUACCUAUGGCCCUUUCCCUGACACGGAAGGGAAAAGUCCAUAACUACAAACAGAAGGGACCUGAUAGACAGCCAAACCUGUCUGAAGGAAACACUAUUCCCAUAACAUCUUUAGUUAAAGAUAUGGGAACAAAAAAUUGGUAGACAAUGGGAGAGAGGUUUGGUCAAUAUGCCUAAGUAAAAUAGAGUCACUGAAGCCCUUGCAAAUUGGAGGGGGAGGUAUCGCUUUGAAAUGUGGAAUCUAAACAUUUUGCAAGACUCAAAAUAACUGGACUCUGUGUCAUAAAUGCUCUUUAAUCAUAUUUCAAAACUGUACAGAAAAGUAGCCUUACAGCUAAGGGCCCUGGGAAGGGUUUAUUGACAGGUUGAGAUCUAAUCACCAAGAGUCGGUGAUUAGCACUCAAAUUCUCCCAGGACACAGCAACAAACAUGGAGACAUCACAGUGCAGCAUCAUUUACUCCUAUGAGAUAGGCACCAAAGUCCAUAGCAGAACUUUACAGAUCUCGGCAUUAUCUUAGGUCAAGGUUCUAGAUCAAUAUCCUCAAUGUGGAGAUGAGACAACUGAGGUUCAGAAAAUAGGCAAUGACUUGUCUGCCCAGUUACUAACCAGAAUUAACAGUCCAGGUCUCCCAAGCCCUGAUUCUACCACUCUACACCACGAUGCGCCCAGUCUCUUGAUGAGAAGUCGACAAUCCAUUGUGAAAGCAUUAUAAUGAAGACAAAAGAAUGUUUGUGAUAUAUUCUCUUAUCCUACUUUGGUUCCAGCAUUUCAUCUUAGCAGCAUUUUAAAGACGGUUAUAUGAGUGAAGAAAGGAACCAAGCUCUCUAGAGUGUAAUACUGAAACCAAAAGUCCAAAAGGCAGGAGAAUAAUGAAUGUAAGUUAUUAAAGAAAUGAGCAAGAAGCAUGUUUCAGGGAAAGUAAAUGCUUCUUAUAUUAUCACCAUCGAGCCCUCCUCCUCACAUACUUUGAUGCAUUUGGUUUGGAAAAUGCCAUUUUAUGCUGAGAGACUUCCCAAUACAUCAGAUGUUCUUUGGCUCUUUGGAUGAAACUGUGGCUCCUACAAAUUGGACCCACCUCUCUUGUGAGAGGCAGCCUCACCUGCCCUUGGAAAAAAACCGCCAGACUGAGGGCCACAGAGACCUGAAUGAAGCCAGCCCUGCUGGACCGAGGCUCCUGUAAAUAUCUUCUGCCCUCUGGGUGACAAGAAUGAUCAUCUUUCAUGGAGGUAAUUGUGUGUAUAUUGUGACUGUAGUUUGUGAAGAAAAAGCAAUGGUUUGCUUUGACAGCUCCCCAAAUGUACCUGUUAAGUGUGAAUGUGCCUGCCUCAUUGCCUCAUGUGCCAAACACAGUAUUGAAUGCGUUGUUUUUAAAUAAACUGUUUUAUUGUGCAUUGGAAAA